AUGGCCCCUCAGUUGUUUGGUCUUGACGAGAACCCAAUCUUGCCGGGUAUCGACAUCUUCUGUGACGGCGCAAGCAAUUUGCACAUUCAGGGAAGUCCCCUGAACAGCGCGCCUUUUCACGACGACAAUCCACACAUGCUUGGCUACCCCGGCGGCGCUCAGGAUGCUCUAGCACUCUUGGAUCUGCCCGCGCAGUCACAGGCCCAGUCCGUUUUUGAAAGGAGCAAGAGAAUUGCAACCGCUCGCAAUUCCCGCAUCUGUCUUGCUGGCGGUCACAGCGAACCUAUUGCUUUGUCUUAG